AUGUCAGAAAUUAAAAUCACAGCCAAAGAGGAUGGGACUGAAAGCGUGUAUCUUGGAGAUUACAGACAAGGAAUAUCGACAGAUUGUCGCAAGUUUGUUUCCCAAGAAACAGAUAAUGGAGAACCCAAGUAUGAGAUACUUAUUUCUUUCGACCACCCUGAACUAGAAAAGCAAGAGAAAAUCGAUGUCAAUAUUAGAGUGAAUAAUAGACAUUUCGAAAAGGGUUAUUGCUAUGAAAUGUCUUUUGUAGAUAGUAAGGAUUUGUUAUACAAAUCACCAAACGGGCAAGGCCGAAAGUUCAUUGAGGAUUUAGAAGCAGAGUUUAAUAAAAAGACUGGUAAAGGUGGUAAAGAGGCUAUUGUUAAUCGCACUUCUCAACAGGAGCAAGAGUUGAAAGAUAAAAAACAACAAUUAGCCGAAUUAGAGAACCAACAACAGACAGGAGGAGACCCUAAAAAGCCUACUAAUUACUGGCCUUGGAUAAUCGGAGGAUUCAUGGUUUAUUCCAAUUACCAAGGAGGGGAACAAGAAAUAAAAGUCUUUUUAGAAGCAAGAGAAAUACCUGGCCAAGGUGAUAGUAAAAGAAUUAGUUAUGAUUUGGUUAAGACUUUGGAAGUUCCUGAAUAUCAAUUAGGUAAUUAG